AUGCGAAACAUAAAUCCCCCAUCUAAAAGCCCGCAGCCGCAGAUCGUUACUAGUGAGGGGGCGCGAGAAGAACCAACGCCUGUCCUUGCGUCCCAUCGGCACAUUGAUUCAUCAGUUACUAAUCUUUCUCAAUCCGAUGCGCAGCCGCCGGAGAAGGAGCUCACAAGACAACAGAAGCGCAGGCGGAAAAGGCAAGCAUUGAAGUCAGGCGCUCUUGAGGCCGGGCGCGAAUCAGGUGGACAUGAGAUAGCGGCACCCCAAGCAGAGGCGGUUGUUUCACGAGCACCAUCACCGUCCCCCACUGAUGUCCGGUCUGCACCGCAAGUACCCUCCAACGAGCGCACAUGCUUGGGCUCUGCACAGAUCACUUCGUCGUCGUCCAACAGGACAACCCCAGUGGUGGUGACCAUGCCCUCACCGCCUCCUGCCAACGAUCUCGCGCGCAGUCAUGGACCACUAGCCAUGAAGGCUGGAAUGACUACGCAAGGGGGAGAUAAGUUUAUGCCGAUCAGGAAGAUUGAGUCGGGACUGGGAUUCUUCAAUGUUAUUGGUGUAGUUACGUCAACCAAGCCCCUGGGACAAACGCGCUCACAAGAGUGGUCCCGUAAUUUCACCAUCGUCGACCCGUCCUGCAUGGAAGAUGAUGUGGAUGUCGUGACUUACAAUUUCGCGGUCAAUUGUUUUCAGAAGAAGCACACGGAAUGGCUCCCUCAGGCUGAAGUUGGCGAUAUAGUCCUCUUUCGGAGGCUGAAGACCUCCAUGUUCCGUGGCGGUCUUAAUGGCGUAGGGUAUUGGGAUAAGUUGCGUUGGGCCACCUAUGAUACCCAAGCCCGGCGUUUCCGUAAUCCUGGUAGAAAUGAUGCCCUGCGUUCCGAGAUACUAGACGAUGGAUUCGGAUAUUCGUUCUCACCUUACUACGAGCCAAGUGAGCAAGGCAAAGAAGCGGAGUAUUGUGCUCAGCUUUCCGACUGGUGGCAAGCGAUACAUGCGAAAGAACAAGGUAUCACAACCGUACAGUGCGCACCACGCCCUUCACGAGAGCAUCACCUCAUCUCUGAGGUCACCCCGGACACUGCUCCUCAAGGUUAUUUCGAUUGUACCGUCGAAAUUCUGUACAGCUAUGAAAAUACCGCUGGACCCCACACGUUGUAUGUGACCGACUACACUGUGAACCCUCAGACCAAUCCGCCACAAGCAAGCUGGUGCUCGCCGGAGCUGUCAGCAUACGUGUUCAAAAUGGAUAUGUGGGAUGACGCGGAGAUCCUCGCAAAGACGAUGCAGCCCGGAGAGUUUUGGUACCUCCCAAACGCACGUGUAAUGACAGAUUCUUAUGUUCAUCUCCACGGUAAAUUGGUGGAAACACAUAAGUCAAAAAAGCUUGACGAGGUCGCAAAUGGCGAGAACUUGCACUUUCGUGCAUUGUUAGAGCGGAAAAAGAAGUUUGAGCGAGAGGGAGGGGCGUCCGGCUCUUCUGCACGAUUUGACACCAAGUUGAUCGAAGAUGUUGACGGAGAUGUAGCGUUCUUCCACUGCACGGUUGAGGUUCUCCAUGUUGAUCUUGCCUCUGCGGAAGAGCCAGUUGUUUACGUCACAGAUUACACGUUCAAUCCCGACCUUGCCAACCCAGCAGAGCCAGCACCCUGGGCCCUUGGCCUCGCACGUCGGAUCGUCAAGAUUGUCCUGGAAGGUGGGCAGAGGGGCAGGGCUCGUGACCUUCAGGCAGGCGCGAUGUAUAGAAUCAAGAAUCUGCGUUUGAUCAGGAGGACAGGUGUCAAGGGUGCCUUUGGGCGUCUUGGGGGCGAUGAACGACUGAUCAUUGCAGCCAAUGACCGCGAGAAGGAGGAAGUAAAAGCUCUUUUACAACGCAAGGAAAAGUGGAAGUUAGAAAUGAAACGAGACGGGGUAUCCAUCGAACCAGCGGUCAAUUCCACUGCAAAAUCACGCCAUCCUACUCCCGAGACCUCGGAGGAUCUCACUCUGAAGCAAGUUAUCGCCAGCACCGUCUGUCCGAACACAUUUACCAUCGUUGCGCGGGUGACCGAUUUUUAUCCCUUCGAUCUGAAUCAAGCCACGUACUUGCGGUGCACGAACUUACGGCGAGCCUGGAAACGCUGUGUCGACUGCGAUGACAUGCUCGAUACGCAUUGCAAAUGGUUCUACAACCUACUUUUCCAUUUGGAAGAUGACGAAGGAAACAGUAUCCUUGUUUCUGCCUGCAACAAAGAGUGUAAACUUCUGUCCGGAUUACCUGCUGUUGAUUUGGAAGCGGAUAAAGAUGCUUUCGACCGACUCGUAGCCAGGCUACAACCCGUGAUUGGUAACAUCGUACAAGUGCAUGACGCAUAUGCGAAGCCGAUGGUCCAGCCAGUCGUUUCCCCAAAGAUGCGUUUCACCGUCGAGAGCUGGUUCGCGCAAGGUAAUCGAUGCGAAGGAUUACCUCGACAGAAUGAUAUCAUGACACUCCAGCUUCUAGGACUCGUUCGUCUGGACGAAUUUAUUGGUUUUCGCCGGUGA